AUGUUGCCCUCGGUAGCCCCGUUUCCGCCUGUUCAACCACAUCACCACCUUAACCAUCAUCAUCACGGUGCCGACACCGUUGACAUCCCUUACGACUUUAAUAUCACGACCUCCUUCCCCGCGACGCUCAAUCGCAAUGAUGCUAGCCAGAGCUCGUCCUACCAGUCCGUCCCUCGAUCCCGAUUACCGUACCAUCCCGUUCAGCGCCUCGACGUUCCCGAUGCCGUGGCCCAGAUCUCCGGUUCGAAAAGUGUUGGUGAGCAUGCCCUGAGGAGGAAGACACCCAAUGGAACCCUUGCGGCCGGAUACGAUGGAACCCCCGGAGAUACCACCAUCCAACCCCCGGCAACCAAACAUAUUCUAGUAUCACCCUUGGAAUCGGGACCAGGACAGUUGAUGCCCCCGCAGACCGGGUUUCCGAUGGACACCUGGGGGCAACCUUCGCUCGAUCAAUCAUCAUCCGCGAAACAUAUGAACUUCCCGCCGGUCUACAAGAAUGAUUCGAGCCGGACCAAUGCUUCCCCUGCAGACAUGCUUCACGGCCCGAAUGGGGCCAGUUGGAUCCGUUCCUUGAACUAUAUACCCGGAGUGGACUCGGUGCUCAAUCAGUCAUUGCCAAUGCAGCCCUCGCACCAACGAUUCUAUUGGCACAAUGGCUCUUACGUCCCCACGGUUCUUCCGGCGACCCUUCAACCAUGCGUUGGUCCCACGGCCUCGGCAGGCACUGGACCAUAUGGGCCCUAUUGGCCCGAUGGUGUUUAUAUUCCCUAUCGCCCGGCAGCUUUUAGAGAGCCGCGCUUUAACUCAGCCAGUCCAUUCUCCAAACAACUGACCCCUGCCAAUCUCCAAUUCUUCGACGCGGGACAGUCUCAUUUCGGCCGAACCUCCAUACCUUCGAAUACCCAUGCUGAUCUGGGUCUGGCUUGGAAUCAAAGUCCGCUGGGGAUGAUUGGCCAUGACACACCAGUGAAGAACAACUUUCCCCCUCGACAUUCCGAUCACAAGCCUCUUGAUCCUUCACAGCGUAUUCUCCCAUUGCACACACGUCAGAACACCAUUAGUGCCGGGUACUCGUCGCGCCAGCAUAAUCACGAAACUCCUUCCUCAUGGCAGGGCACCUCGACCGGGCAUGCGUUCCAAAACACGGGCCCUACCCCUCAUGCACGUGCAGCGAAUGUGGAAUUCAAAGAAAAGGUUUUGUCUUGGGCACAUAGUGUCUAUGUCGACCUCCUGGCGUCUAUCCAUCAGGCUCGAAGAAAUAGCAUAUCUUCGGCCGGUGGUGAUUUCCAAAACCAACGGAUUCUAAAACCCAGUAUUUAUCCCAAGCCACCGCGCCAGCCUGGACUGGAUUUCUCACAAUCUAGUGCUCCGGAAGUCACUCGUCAUAACAGUUAUCCCUCGAGUCAGUACGAUCUUCACCAUGUGCAAAAAGCCAACUUCGCGAACAACUUUGGGGGUAAUGACUUCUCAAACUACCACGCCCAUCGUCGGUCCGAACGCCCUUCGCUCGCCAAUUUCCCACAAGCGACAACGUCGGACGCCCAGAUGCUGGACAGACUCCGCCAUACCGGACGGUUCACGGCUUCUUCGUUUUCUCGCUUCCCCGCCGCGCCCUUCGAGAAUGAGAAUUCGGCGCCAGCAAAUGCCGCAUCAUCUUUGGAGAUGCUCUCCCAUCUUUGCAUGGAGAGUAAUUGGGAAUGGAUCGAUGGAAUGUUGCUUGGAGGCUGUCUUGCCUACGGUCUCGGCGAUUACCACAAAGCUAUGAGGUGGUACACUAGGAUAAUAGCCAGGGAUUCAACGCAUGUCGAGGCUAUCUCAAAUCUAGCGGCCACUCUUUUGGCCUUGGAUCGUCGGGAAGAAGCUCUCCAGCAUUGGCUCCGCGCAGUAAAACUUCGUCCAAGCUUUUUCGAGGCUGUCGAGCACCUCAUUGGCCUCUUAUGUGGCACCCAUCGUGGGAAAGAAGCUGUCAAUAUCAUCGAAUUCGUGCAAAACUCUCUGCGGUUUUCCAAGAAUGGCGAUUGCUUCACCGCCGAUGAACAUGCGAGCGAGACCGAGAGUGAUGCAGAUAGCAGAGCAUCGAGCACAUCAGACCUUGGCUCUUACGAAAAGGCGUCAUUUGAUUAUGAUGACGACCUUGGCAACUCAGCGUCUGCCACCUAUCGUUCGGCAGAACCCAGAUCUCCUGGAUUUGGCUCCAGUGGCUAUGCCAUACCUGGUUGCGACAACGGCCGAAUGCUUGCGCUUGUCCAUGCAAAAGGCAACAUGCUCUAUGCGCUCGGGGACAAUGUAGGUGCGGCGGCGGCUUUUGAAGAUGCCAUUCUGGUUGCAGCAGGGAGAAGACGACAUGGCAUCCAAAGUCUGAUCAAACAAAUCUUUGCCGCUUUUUCUCAAGACUCACCUCAAAGCUAUCCUGCACCCGAGCAGCAGAGUUCUUCCGAAACUAUUCUUCUCUAUCCCGAUAAGGCUUUGCAGACAUCAAAACUUGUCUUUGUGCCUUGCGGAACUCCUCCGGGAAUCAAAUUUGUUGCAGAAGGUUUGGCGCGGAAGGCUGCCGUGUCCACCACGAGCAAUUCAUUGCUCUCCUUGGCAAAGAUUUACCAGGAUGGCAUGUCCAAUAUUUCGUCCCCUGGUGCUCCUAGGACGGCUCCGGGCGUUCGCGACAUCCUCGCUCUCUACUACUUGUCUCUUUCCCUCCAGCCUAGCCCGUCAACCGCAAACAAUGUGGGCAUAUUGCUUGCUGGCAUCCAGAACAAUGCCGCAAAGAAGGGGUUUUCUCGCUCUAGCGGAGAGAUGCAACAUCCCGAAAUACCCGGCGUGAUUCCCGGCAGCGGUAUUUCACUGGCAUUGGCAUAUUACAACUAUGGUCUGCAUCUAGAUUCGCGCCAUGCUCACCUUUAUACGAACCUCGGUAGCCUGCUCAAGGACAUCGGUCAGCUCCAGGCCGCCAUUCGAAUGUAUGAGCAGGCCGUGCACUGUGACGGUAACUUUGACAUCGCUUUGGCGAACUUGGCAAAUGCUGUCAAAGAUGCCGGCAAGGUCAACGAUGCUAUUUCAUACUACAAGCGGGCUGUCAAAGUAAACCCCGAAUUUGCCGAAGCCGUCUGCGGGCUGGCGAAUGCUUUGAAUUCGGUCUGUAAUUGGGUUGGUCGAGGAGGCGUUGUCAACGGUUAUGGAUUCCGGGAUCGGUGGCACGUCGAUGAAAAUGGACUUCUCCGAGAGGCUUACAACAACACCAACGAAAUAGGUUGGAUCAGACGAGUGGUUGACAUUGUUGACCGACAACUUGGAGAAGGCGAAACCUGGGGCCGCGGCUUACUUACACCCGGUACGAUCGCACAGCUGUGUGCGCAGCUAAUGCCCGCACUGGAAAGUCGACGGUUUGCAUCCGAGGCCAUGUCCUCUAUCCUUCAGUCCUGGGCCGGGGAGAAAUGGGAAGGUUCAAGGAUUGUCAAGCUGGUGGAGCGCGCCAUCAGAUCGAUUACUUGGCAGUGGUACCAAGAUCUCUACGUCAGCCGCAAGGAAUACCCUCUGUCCAAGUAUCGACGUCCCCAGCUCCCCCCGGGACUAACGGCACCCAACGCUCCCACCGUCCUGCCUUUCCACACCUUCACCUGUCCACUCUCGGCGAAGCAGAUCCGGCAGAUUUCACAGCGAAACGGACUCCGCAUAUCUUCUGCGACCUUGAGAUCUCCCUGGCUACCGGCCACCGUCUAUCCGCCACCGCCGCCCCCGUCUCCGUAUCUCAAGGUUGGAUAUGUGUCUUCGGAUUUCAACAAUCAUCCUCUUGCCCACUUGAUGCAAUCUGUGUUCGGACUGCACAAUCCUUCCAGGGUCAAGGCAUACUGCUACGCCACCACAGCAAGUGACAAAUCAAUUCAUCGCCAGCAAAUCGAGAAGGAAGCGCCAGUAUUCUAUGAUGCUAGCGGAUGGCCGGUUGACCGACUGGUGAAGCAAAUAGUUGCAGAUGGAAUCCAUAUCCUGAUCAAUCUCAACGGCUACACUCGAGGCGCCCGAAACGAGGUCUUUGCCGCCCGUCCUGCACCAAUUCACAUGUCGUUCAUGGGCUUCGCAGGUACCCUCGGUGCUGAAUGGUGUGACUAUAUUCUCGCAGACAGUAUCUCCAUACCGCCUGAGACGCUUUCUCCCGGGCGACGUCAUGCACGCAUCGAUGAUCGACUACUAGAGGAAGACCAUGGAGAGGAUCUGGAAGACUGGGUUUACGGGGAGAAGAUUGUCUUCACUCGUUCUACCUUCUUCUGCUGCGACCAUCGUCAAAGUGCUCCCGACAGUCAAGACGGGCCUCUCUCUUGGGAUCAGGAGCAAGAAAAGAGAUGGCGCAUGCGCAAAGAGCUGUUUCCCAACCUGAGUGACGAUGCCAUCAUCCUGGGUAACUUCAACCAAUUAUACAAGAUCGAACCCACUACUUUCCGUACCUGGCUGCGUAUUCUGGCAAGAAUUCCGAACGCCGUGCUUUGGCUUCUAAGGUUCCCAGACCUUGGUGAACAGAACCUCAAAGAAACAGCAAUCGCAUGGGCUGGUCAAGAAACGGCGUCGCGGAUUAUCUUUACGGAUGUUGCCCCGAAGAACACUCACAUCUCUCGGGCCAAAAUCCUGGAUUUAUUUCUUGACACCCCUGAGUGCAAUGCGCACACAACAGCGACGGAUGUAUUGUGGAGUGGGACUCCGAUAUUGACGCUCCCGCGUUACAAAUACAAGAUGUGCUCUCGAAUGGCAAGCAGCAUCCUGAACAGCUCUUUGCCAACGUCGGAUGAUGGUCGAAAAGCCCGGGAUGAGCUGAUCGCCACGUCAGAUGAUGAUUAUGAAAACAAAGCGAUCCGCCUGUGUCAAGGCUUACAAUAUGAGCUCCAUGGACAAGGCCGAGCAAGAGGCAGGCUGUCGGACAUCCGCAAAAUGCUAUUCCACGGGAGGUGGACCAACAAACUCUUUGACACCACUCGUUGGGUCCAUGAUUUAGAAGAUGCUUACGAACAAGUUUGGAAAGGGUGGGUGAACGGCGAAGAAGGUGAUAUAUGGUUAUGA